CUAGCUUGACGCCGCGGGGGAGUCCAAUGGACGCUUUCGUCGGAGCCCGGAGGAGACAAUCGAGUGAGAUUUAACCUUAAAGCGGAGCUGAUUUCGUUAGAUGAGGAUCUAAACCGCGCCUUUUCCUAAUAGCCUGGAUCUGUGGGUCGUCACAUUCGGUUUCAAACUCACCGAUCGGUCGUUUAGGGCGCCCGAUCGGCCUUGUUUAUACUGUGCGGGGCUGCUUGAAUCGGGGUAGCAGGCCCGGCGCUCCUGUGCCCGUUUAACGGCCGUCCCGCGGCUGGAGCGUGUUUUGUGCGGAUCGGCCCUUUAGCUCACCAAAGAAUAUGACCCAGAUGCAACAAUGACAUCCAGAUUUGGUAAAACCUACAGCCGCAAGAGUGGAGAGGGCACGUCCAAGUUUGACGAGGUUCUUUCCACCAAGAGAGGCACUCUGAGCACCAAAUGGGGCGACACCACCUACAAGGCCAAGGUAGGCUCAAAACGUGCUGGUGCACCUAAGAAUGACUCAGUCCCGGAGGCGUAUAAGAGGCCCCGUCUAUGCGGGGACGGCUUGGAUGAUCCGUUUGGGUUUGACAGUGAUGAGGAAUCCAAACCUGUGUCGUCCCGGAGCGGGAGCAAGUCAUCACCCGCCAAGCCGGCUUCGGCAGAGCCGCCCCAAGCAGAGCGGCCUGGGGUGUUUCCAGAUGCAGGGAGCAGGUCCAGCUUCCAGGGAGGAUCUAAGACCCAGCCAGGGGUGACGGAGGACACCCUUCGGUUCUUCAACAGCAGCAGUGCCAGCAUAGGAAAGCCUAAGCAGAGCUCGCUGUCAUCAUCGUCAGAGAACCAGCACAGCUACACGUGGUACCAAAAUGUUUCUGAGAGCGACAAGAAGCCCCUGGCCCAGACCACCACCCUGAAGACUGGAUCAAAGGCCGAAUCCACCUACGACUCCUGGGAUGUUAUAAUGGGCCUCCGACCACCUUCACCAACGCAGGAACCCCGCAACCCUGCGCCCACACUGUCAUGGGCAUCAGUGGGCGUCACGAUGGCAGGUGGCUGUGACCCGGUGCAGACGCAGCAUGAGAAGGCCCCCUCUCCUCCACAGCUCCUCCAUAGCGACAGCGAGGACCUACAGGGCAACUCUGACCUCACUGAAACGUCGGAUUACUCCCAGAUGUCGACCUCAUCGUCACUUGAAAGAAACUCUAACUGUCGGACAUACAGGAGACCCAACAAACAGGGCAAAGCCUCAGACUCCAGCAGCUUUGCAGCCACUGUUUUUGGCUCAGAGCUUCCCAAAUCCACAUCUGACAGCAAUAACAAAACGACAGGUGGCAGAGGGAUUCGGGGCAGGACGAGGGACUACACAGUGCUGCAUCCGUCCUCCAUGUCCAUGUGCAACGUCACCAUCCAGGACCGAGGGGUGGAGGAGUUUGGUACUGAUGCAGCACCCUCCUGUGGUAGUGGUAGUGCCGGUUCAGGCAGCACAACACAGCUGGGAGAGGCCGGAUGGCAGCGGAAGAAGCCGGAACAACAAAAUACAAGGUUCAGGCAGACCCAGACCAAGUCGAAGAAGGACAGUAAGCUGAACCUGUUUGGCUUUGAAGACUCUGAAGUCCAGCAGGAGGAGAACAGUACCGACAGCACAGAUGGCCGGUCCAGUUACAAAAUCAAAUACUUUGGUUUUGACGACAUGAGUGACAGCGACGGUGCUGACGAUGAUGAUGGCGGCUCUAAAGAGAGGAGGAGGGCCAAAAAGAAGGCCGCCAACACCACGGUGACCCCGGUGGCCACCGUAGAGGAAACGCCAGCCGAUGACCCACCAGAUCCAUUCGAGAGGCUGGAGAGCCAGGAAAGGCCAGCGGUCAAGGAGAGCAAGAAGUACUCUGAGAAGCAGGAGAGCAGGAUACGAGCAGAUGUCCUGGACUUCUCAGAGGACGGCCUCAGGAUGGUGGCCAGCGGUCCCAGGCGGCCGCCUCAGGGCAAACCUGUCGAGAAGAACCCGGACACCCUCCGGAGGAUCUUCAGUGCGCAAAAGAAGUCUCCCACCAAAGCAGUGUACAAUGCCAGACACUGGACAUUGGAGAGCGAAGAGGAGCCCCCUCCACCUUUCUUCUCACGUUCACAGACGGCUCCUGCGUCGGGCUCAGCUGGGGGAUCCAGUAAGGAGCCUUCCAACUCUCAGAAGGAUGAUGGUGUGUUCAAGGCUCCGCCCCCUCCCCCAAAGGUCACAAAGUGUGUCACUGUCCCUACAGAUCCAUACCAGGACACGGUCACUGCACUCAAGUGUCGCAAAGAACACAAAGAGCUAUAUACAGUCGUCCAACAUGUGAAACAUUUCAACGAUGUGGUGGAGUUUGGGGAAAACCAGGAGUUUACUGAUGACUUUGAGUACCUAGCUACUGGCCUGAAGAGCGGGCAGCCUCUCAACACGCGAUGCCUUAGUGUGAUCAGCCUGGCUACACGCUGUGCCAUGCCCAGCUUCAGGAUGCACCUCAGGGCCAGAGGAAAGGUGGCUCAGGUCUUCAAAACGCUCAACGAUGCCCCACAGCACCCGAACUUGGCUCUGUGUACAGCCUCUCUCAUGUACAUCCUGAGCAGAGACCGGCUCAACAUGGAUCUGGACCGGUCCUGCCUGGACCUGAUGAUCCGCCUGCUCGAACUGGACCAGGACCAAGGGGGCGGUAACGGGACCGAUUCCACGGUCCAGUUUAGCGCCAAGGAGAUCGCCAAGAUAAAGGAGAAGAUCAGGAAGCUGUGCGACACGGUGCACAACAAGCACCUGGACCUGCAGAACAUCACGACGGGUCAUUUGGCCAUGGAGACGUUACUGUCUCUGACUUCGAAGCGAGCAGGUGACUGGUUCAAAGAGGAGCUGCGGCUGCUGGGAGGACUGGACCACAUAGUAGACAAAGUGAAGGAAUGUGUGGAUAACUUGAACCAAGAGGACGACAAGGAGAAGCUGGUGUCUUCUCUGUGGGGAGCUGAGAGGUGUUUACGGGUGCUGGAGAGUGUGACCGUCCACAACCCCGAGAACCAGAGCUACCUGAUCGCCUACAAAGACUCAUUGCUCAUCAUUUCUUCUGCAAAGGCACUGAGGAGGUGUGAGGAGAUGAUCCAACGUUACAGCCGGGAGAUGAACUCCGAUGGAGCUGUGGUGGGGAAAGCAGUGGAGGACUGCAUGAGGGCCAUCAUAGGAGUACUGCUCAACCUGACGCAUGACAAUGAGUGGGGCAGUACGAAGACAGGAGAGCAGGAGGAUUUGAUAGUGACGGCUCUGAACUGUGUUCUCAAAGUCCCUCAGUAUCUUCCUCAGGAGCAGAGGUUCGACAUCCGAGUCCUGGUAGGCAUUAUACAUCACCAAUGUUCUCCCACCAAAGCAGUGUACAAUGCCAGACACUGGACAUUGGAGAGCGAAGAGGAGCCCCCUCCACCUUUCUUCUCACGUUCACAGACGGCUCCUGCGUCGGGCUCAGCUGGGGGAUCCAGUAAGGAGCCUUCCAACUCUCAGAAGGAUGAUGGUGUGUUCAAGGCUCCGCCCCCUCCCCCAAAGGUCACAAAGUGUGUCACUGUCCCUACAGAUCCAUACCAGGACACGGUCACUGCACUCAAGUGUCGCAAAGAACACAAAGAGCUAUAUACAGUCGUCCAACAUGUGAAACAUUUCAACGAUGUGGUGGAGUUUGGGGAAAACCAGGAGUUUACUGAUGACUUUGAGUACCUAGCUACUGGCCUGAAGAGCGGGCAGCCUCUCAACACGCGAUGCCUUAGUGUGAUCAGCCUGGCUACACGCUGUGCCAUGCCCAGCUUCAGGAUGCACCUCAGGGCCAGAGGAAAGGUGGCUCAGGUCUUCAAAACGCUCAACGAUGCCCCACAGCACCCGAACUUGGCUCUGUGUACAGCCUCUCUCAUGUACAUCCUGAGCAGAGACCGGCUCAACAUGGAUCUGGACCGGUCCUGCCUGGACCUGAUGAUCCGCCUGCUCGAACUGGACCAGGACCAAGGGGGCGGUAACGGGACCGAUUCCACGGUCCAGUUUAGCGCCAAGGAGAUCGCCAAGAUAAAGGAGAAGAUCAGGAAGCUGUGCGACACGGUGCACAACAAGCACCUGGACCUGCAGAACAUCACGACGGGUCAUUUGGCCAUGGAGACGUUACUGUCUCUGACUUCGAAGCGAGCAGGUGACUGGUUCAAAGAGGAGCUGCGGCUGCUGGGAGGACUGGACCACAUAGUAGACAAAGUGAAGGAAUGUGUGGAUAACUUGAACCAAGAGGACGACAAGGAGAAGCUGGUGUCUUCUCUGUGGGGAGCUGAGAGGUGUUUACGGGUGCUGGAGAGUGUGACCGUCCACAACCCCGAGAACCAGAGCUACCUGAUCGCCUACAAAGACUCAUUGCUCAUCAUUUCUUCUGCAAAGGCACUGAGGAGGUGUGAGGAGAUGAUCCAACGUUACAGCCGGGAGAUGAACUCCGAUGGAGCUGUGGUGGGGAAAGCAGUGGAGGACUGCAUGAGGGCCAUCAUAGGAGUACUGCUCAACCUGACGCAUGACAAUGAGUGGGGCAGUACGAAGACAGGAGAGCAGGAGGAUUUGAUAGUGACGGCUCUGAACUGUGUUCUCAAAGUCCCUCAGUAUCUUCCUCAGGAGCAGAGGUUCGACAUCCGAGUCCUGGGUCUCGGCUUGCUCAUCAACCUGGUGGAGUACAGUGCCAGGAACAGGUACUUCUUGAUGGAGAUGGAGAUGGAUGGAAGUCAGGGUCCCUGUGACUCCACCGUCCUGCUCAGCCCUCAGCACCAGGACAUCGCCAGCACUGGCCCCCUGAGUGCCAUUGCUGCCCUUGUACAGCUGUUCCUGCAACGGGAGCGGGCCGCCGUCCUGGCUGAGGCGCAGACUGAUGACCUCAUAAAGGAGGCACCAAAGCCUGCUUUAGACCAGAGCGGUGAGUGGCAGGAGACAGGCGGGGAGAUCCAGUGGGUGGCCAAUGACAGCGACCCCGACAAACAGGAUGACGGCAAAAAGAAGGAGAACGACGAGGAGGACGAGGAGCUGGACCUAAACAAAGCUCUGCAGCAUGCAGGGAAGCACAUGGAGGACAGUAUUGUGGCCUCCUACACGGCACUGCUGCUGGGCUGCCUAUGUCAGGGGAGCCCGAUGAAUGUGACUACUGUGAGAGAGAACCUGCCUAAAGGAGAUUUCUCCAUCAUGACAGAAAUGCUGAAAAAGUUCCUCAACUUCAUGAACCUCACUUGUGACGUCGGCACCACAGGACAGAAGUCCAUCUCCCGGAUCAUUGACUAUCUGGAGCACUGCUAGAAAGAAGUCUGUCUCACAUACGCACUCACACAAAGACACGUGCACGCGUGCGCGCUCACAAACACACACACAAACACAAACACACACACAAACAAAACGCAGCCAUCUCCUUCAUCGUCGUUACCGCCAUCAUCAUCACCUCAGAGAAAGCUGACUGCUGGAGUAAACAAACAGGACGUCGUCCUCUUCCUCCUCUUAAAGGAUCUUCACCUCGUCAACAUGCACAUUGGAACCAGUUCAUUUUCUCUGUGACUUUGCAAAGAUUAGUUAAAAUGUCUGAGGAUUAAUGAGACGUUACCCCCCCGCCCCCUCCACUGCAGCAGAGAUCAUAUUUCUAUUUUUCUGAAGAAUCCAAGCCAGUAUUUAGCUUUAAUUUCAUCUUUUUCCUCCGUUUUAAAAAGUUGCUCAGAGCGAUGAGUUUUUGUUCUCUGAUAAACUCCAUUUCAAAGUUUCCUCUCCAUUCAGCACCCCCCCCCCCUCUCGUGAAAACCCCUUUGUAUUGAGUGGUGGCAGAUUGGAGCGAAGCUGCCAUUUUCCUCAGCCUGCCAUCAAUGCCUCGCAGCCCUCAGCGCGGCCUUUUGGAGCCGAUAACUGCCAAACAAACAAGCUGAGCUCUUUAAAAAAAAAAAAAAAAAAAUGAUGGCUUUUACUUUGAAAACGAUGACCCCGACUCCUCUCAGGCUGCCUCAUUUCUCUCACGCUGUGUUCUUCUUCUCUUCUUUUUGCUGCUGACCUCUCGGCUCUGUCUGAAGGAGGUGCUUUAGGGCUGAAAAACCGCACGUAUUGAUCUUUUGUGGGUGGAGGGUUCAAACUCCGACCUGCAGUGAAGUCAAGGUGGGACUGCUUGUGUUUGCAUGACAUCUAGUUUUCUUUGCGUGGCGUUAUCGAAAGAGACGCGUCCCCUGCAUGCCAAGCUCUUACCCGACUCUGAAAGCUUUUGAGGCUUUAAAAACUUUGAACCUCAGCUUCCAAAAAGUUGAAAGUGAAAGUUUUUCCCUUUCAAACAAUCGAUCGCGCGCUCACUCAACAUCAAAAGCUUUGUGUCUCAGCGGGUCCCAAGCCCUCCAGACCAGAACCUGUCCUCCUCCUGCUCCUUUCAAUUACUGCCAGGCAUUUGAGCUCGCCGCUCGCGGUGGAGGCUUCAAUUACAGCACAAAAGGUGGCCCAGGAGCCCCCUGGUCUGAGAGGUGAAGGCGAGCCGCUUUGCACUGGGCCACCAGCAGAGGGGCUUUCUCAGAGUGAGUCGAUUACUUUGUUUUUCCUGCUCAGGUUGUUUUUAGGAGGUAACACUGCAACUUGAGCCCAAAUCCUCAAACCUACAGUUUAAGUUAAGUUCAUAUUUCUUUAGACUUUUUGAGGUUGAAUCACUCUCUAACCUCUCCUCUUUCCUAACAUACAUUUCAGCAAUCCUGAGAGGGGAGUGUUGGAAAUUUGUAAAUGAUAGAAAUUAGUCUUGUUUUUGCUUCUCUGCUGAAUUCCUCCCUAUCUAAUGUUGAACACUGGUCUGAAAUGGAAGCUAAAAAUUGAAAGCCCUUGGUGUUUUUGAUCUUUGCAAGAUUUUCAAACGCAGACAUGUGAAGAGGUCAAAGCUUCAGCAGCACUUUCAGUAUAGAGAGCAACUUUCUACAUGUCAGUCUUUGCAACUGUAGCUGGAGCUUUGACCCGUUAAGACUUCUGCUGGCCUCUGUGCACCUUCAGUGUAGGUGAAGUUGCAGAAAUCUCCACUCUGCUCCCCUGAUAUCAAACAUGAGCAGAGAGGAAGGAAAAAAAUAGUAACUGAGGCAUGAAAUAAAUCCAGAGCUGGAUCGUUUUUGUUCCUUUUUCCUUUAAGUGCAACAUUCUUUUAAGGCAUCCUGACAUGCUAAGUUGUAACUAAAGGCUUUAUUAAUAGAAUUAAUAAAUGUUUUAUUUUUGAAAAAUCUCCAGCCUCUUUGUACUUGCUUCAAAAUGUUGAUGAUUAUUAAUAAAGCAGUCCUACAAUAAUGUGACUGUAGCUCAGUUAAAAAGACUAAAUAAAAGUGAUUUAAGUUGUUUUAGUGUAACAUUUCCUUAGUUUGGGACUUGCAAAAGAUUGAAAUUUAAAAGGUACUCAGAGUGACUCUGUCUUUAUUGGACUGCAAGUUCAAAGAGCAGAAACACUGAGUCUUUGCAGUAAUUUAAUUGGAAGAUGUCUUAGAUAAGCUCCGCCCACUCCAUUCCCCUCUGCUGACUGCUCAUGUUCACUAAACUGAAGCGUCCCUUCAGUUGCUUAAAACCCAAUCAUAAAACACCAGAAGAUGACUAUUAUGACUCUUAAUAACUUACAGCUGGUAAGUUCAUAGUAAAGGAUGACUGAAUUGGAGAGUGACUCCAACAGAUUUUUUUUUUGGCAGAUAAAAUACAGGAAAAAAAAUGUUCUGUAGAAACAAAGUGCUGCUUCUAAAGACUGAACGAACUUCGUGACCUACAUAUUUAUAUACAAACCUCUGACACCGCAACACAUAUCUGUGAGAUAAAAGCAUUAAAAAUGCUGGAAAAGGCUCCAACAGGUCCAGUUCAGUGAAGCCCAGCAGACAGCUGGCAGCUACCGCCCCGGUUUUGGGAUGCCUGUCAAUCAAAGCAGUCACACCCCUAAAUUUAAGCCUAUCUGGAUGUAUUUUUAUUUAUUUAUUUUUUUUAAAGAAUUCAAGCCCGUACAGUUGUUGUGAAGUAUGGAAGCUUGUUUUCACCGCUGAAAAUAAUUUGAGAAAAUAACAAAAAUUUCUAGUUAAGAACUCAGAAUUUCGAGUUAGCUGCGCCCAUCAGGGAGCUCUGUGAAGGACGUCAUUUCCUUGCUACCUGGAAGCAGAAGGUACAAACGCAUGCACACUCAAAAUCGGGUGACGGCAUUAAUGGGCUACCAGUGUGUAACAAGCUAUGAAUGACUUCUAGGGAAUGAAACUACAUCGAGGGUUUGGAAUCAGUGUGUUCAUGUGGAACUGUUGGACAGCUGAUGCCUUCCUCCUCCAGUUUCCGGUUAACAAGGAAACGACGUACCUUCACAGAGCUUCCUGAUUGGCAGAGCUAACUCAAACAAGCGUCCAUCGUGAAGGAUCAAACUAUCGUUAGACCAAACAUUUUUUUUUUCUUUUUCUUUCUAUCAGGCUGUUAACGCGAUCAUUUCUGCUGUAAGUUCAGGCGUUUUGAUCUGGGAGUCUCUGAGAACUGACUCACUCUUUGAGCCUCAAGUGGACAUUAGAGGAACUGCAGUUUUUGAUGCUUCUGCAUCACAUUUUUCAGCCCUUGAGUUUUCCUGCUCGAAAAUCAACCACGCACCUGUGCUUUGAGAUAGCUUCCCCUUUGACAAACAGAGAUGUGAUGAACCUAGGCUCGAUUCUUUUCUCAAAAACAUUUUGAGAAAACGACCCCGAAUAAAAGACCAUCCUCUGAGCAAACUAACAUUGUAAAGCUUUCAGUUCAAAUCUUUUAUUCUUUUUGCUUUUUUUUUUUUUUUUUUUUUUGUCAUCAGUCAUUAUUUGUUUUCUGUGCUGAGAGCUCCUGCUGGUGUUUGAUUUCAUGUUUAGAGUUGAAAAAAAUUAAAAUUGAAUUGAUUUUUUUUUUUUUUUUUUUAUUAAUUUUCUUUUCUCCCCUCAGCUGGUUUAAAAUUCAGAUUGUGUCAUUGUUCAUGUUAUUGUUGCUUUUGUAUUUGUUUCUCUGUGGUGAUCAGUACACACACACAAUUUAAACCUUCACACUCCUUUAAGAAAAGUUUACAAGAGCUUUAUUCACAGAUGUCUGGAAGAAUGAAUGGAAGAGCUUUUUGUACAUAGUUUCCUGUAAAUAGAUUGACCUCCUCGUGUAGGAGGAGAGUGAUGGAGGGGGGGUUUGGGGGUCUCGGGUGGGCCGGGGUUAAAUUUAAAUUUAGACCGUAGACUCUACUUUUCUGAAUCCGAUUCUAUUUUUUUCUUUUUCUAAAGCCUUUUCUCCCAGCCGUGUUGUUGUUUUUGGACAGACAGAGAGCUUCUUAACAAGCCACCUGCAGGAAAACUUGAUCUUUGUACCAAUUUGCAGACUGAUGUCUUUGGUUACC